UUUUAUGCAAGCAUUUCAAUAUAAAUGUUAGCUACAUUUUACUUUCGUAAAAAUGUCAAACCACAAAGAAAUAUGCGGUGGCGGACUUGAAUCAAAAUGCAGUUCAGAAGACGCUAUCGAAAAGCCACCAGGACAUAAAAUGAUCACAUCCCAGGAAUGCCUUCAGCUGAAACGUGAUCUGGAAUCGGGGGCUCAGGAUGAGUUCGAAGUUAGUCCCAUGAUCCUUUGCCUGAUGUUAACCUUUUUGCUUUUUGUGAUCGGCUUCUGGAUCUGGCUGAUUUCCAAGAGUUGUCUCUUUGCCCAAUCCGAUGGGAAUGGAAAAAAGAGCGACUCAUAUCGUAGGCUUUCAGGAGGUAGUAAUCCAAAGCCCAUCACUCCAAAUGUCCGCUUCUUGGAAAGAUUGCCCCCCACCAAAGAAGAGUCGUCUUGUAAACAAACAGAGACCUCUGACACCUCGUCGGAAAUCAAGGUGUCUUCGCAACGAUGGAAAAGCUGUCCAUUGGAUUUGUGUCGGGAGGUUUCCAAUGAAUUUCCCACCCAAGGCAUUCUUAAGGCUAACUACUGUAAUUUAAUGGAGUUGCCAACCACAUCGACAACUUGCAUUCCACCAGUCGCAGAAUUGGAGUCAGGCGCUGUUGCGGAAAUCAAAUCAGGAUCAACACUAAAAGGAGCAAACGAAUCCUUUUCAAGCCAGAGCUGUCCAAGAAUCUCACCAAUGCCGGUUAGGAAUGGAUUGGAUGUGUCCACUAGUCAAGCUGUGGCCGGAUCACCACUAAUCUAUGGCAGUAUGCCCUCAAAUUUUGGCAGGGAAAACACCGUGCCCAAAAGGAAAUACCGUAUAAAGUGGUCCAAUUUUAUGAAUCGUGGUCACAGGGAUCACAUCGAUACCCAAAGCACUCAAUGAAUGUUUCCUUUCUUUAAAAAUAACGAAUAAU